UGUUUCAGUUUGUGAACUGGGAAUAAGGGUGGCUGAAAGGAAAUCAUAAGAGAUCAGGCCUCUGGUGGCCUAGGAAAGAUGUGUGGUUUAAUAAAUUUACAAGGAGGAGGAGACCCAGACAAGAAGGGGGAGUGAGGGAAAAGGCUGGCAAAUGAUCAAGGCAACUGGAAAGAGCUGUUGCUGUUCCCAGGCCUGGAAAGGCAGACACAGUCAAUAGAGGCAGAAAAGUGCAGGGCUGGAAGAUAUAACCUUCUGCAGUUUGAACACCAGUUGGCUGUGGGUUUACUUACUGUUCUUUGGCACCCAACGCUGCUCCUGCCAUGCUGGCUGCAAGUGGGGCACGUAUCCGUCUCCAGUUUGGGCGCCUCCUGGCUGAAGGGCAACUUGACUUUCCUCCACGAUGGCCUCCUCUUGUACACAGAAGCCUGGGUCCCACAUCACUAUUCUGUACUGGACAAAACUCAAACCCAAAGAACUCAGCUGAGAAGACGUACAAAGUGCCCGGUGGCCACAAACCUUCCACGUUUGACAAGAAAAUUCUUCUGUGGACUGGGCGCUUCAAGAGAGAAGAUGAGAUUCCUCUGAGGAUCCCGCCAGAGAUGCUGGAUGCUGCAAGGAACAAAGCUCGAGUCAAGGCUUGUUACAUCAUGAUUGGCCUUACAAUUGUGGGUUGCUUUGCAGUGAUCGUCUCGGCUAAAAGAGCUGUUGAACGCCACGAGUCCCUUACAAGCUGGAACUUAGCAAAAAAAGCCAAAUGGCGUCAAGAAGCUGCAUCAGAGGCAGAGACAAAGACUAAAUAGUCAUGUAUGCUGUUGAAAUUGGAAGUGUGCUUGGAAGAAGGAAUGUUUUCCAGCAAAAUGGAUGAAAUUCUACCCCUGGUGAAAAGGAUAAGGAGAAAUUAAAUUCAAUUUAUUACUAGCAACCUUCAUUUGCACUAGCGAGAGAGGAUGUUUCCAUGUCACAAGUAGCAAAUAAACAGACUUCAUCUGCUAUCUGACACAAUCUGAUUCGUUAAUAACUAUGAAUAUAUUAGUGGGGCAAAGAACAUCUAGUAUAACUGAUAAAGUGAGUCUUGAUAGAACAGACAGGUGGUAUUAGAUCUUCAGAGUGAAAAAUGGAAAUAUGUGUUUUAACAAAGAUGAAGAACUAUUCAAUUUCUGAAACAAAGCAGAACACAUGCAAGCCAGUUCUAUUUUCUACUAUAAUUCAAGCAAAUGUUUGUAAAGUAUCAGGUAAACAAAAUGCCCUGGAUUUUCCAGGGUCAUUGCCCCACAUUAAUCUGUCUGGGUUGUACCAAAAUCAUCUAUGAGCAAAGUUCCUUCUAUGUUAUGAGAAUAUGGAGGAUUUAUUUUUUACAAACACUCCUGUACUAACUGCAUGCAACACUAGAAAGUGGGAUUUUUUAAAAAAAUAAAUGGUGUUUCAAAUACUUUACACCUUUUAUUCAAUUCCAUUUCAAAAACUGCAUUACUUCUGAAGACAUACUGUAAGUAAUAAAUUGAGAAGACACAUGCCACACUUUUGUAAAAUGCCUUUAUUAGUUUUGUAUUGUAACAGUUGUUAUAUUUGAAGUAAUAACAUUCCUUAAUAUUGCAUACUGUUCAUAUUUGUAGAUUUGUUUAGUUAAAGCCUUCAAAUGCAACAAAUUACAGAGAAUCAUUUGCAAACACAACAAAAAUAAGUAAUAACCAUUCUUAAAGUAUAUGCCAAUCUUUUGUUAGUUUCAUAAGAUGUAUUUUAUUUUCCAAAUAAAUGUAAGGGGCUUCAACGUAUAAAUAAGGCUCAAGCAAAUAAAAGCAAGUCAGAUAAUGUAAAA